AGAUGAAAUCAUCCACCUCCUGCUAUAGUUCCCCCCCUCGCCGGUAGCCGGGGAGGGGGAGGAGGGACGCUGACAUCACCGCCGGAGCUCGGCGGGGCCGGGCCGGCUCCGCUCCCGUUCUCCGCUCCCACCGGGGAAGCCGCCGUGCCCGAGAGAAGGAUGUCCCCAGCACCGUACGGAUAAGACCAGGUUGAGAAGAGGACAGCAAAUUUGUAGCCAGCACCCCAAUUAGACUCAUUUGCUCCCCUCCAUUUGCCUCUGUGAUGAAAAGGCUCCCUAUCCCCACCUGAGCCAGCCCUGCCAAGCCCUGGGCACUGUUGCAUAGCUGCAGCAGUUUUGGGGCUGGAGGGGUGAGGAGCUGCUCUCUGACACAGAUUUUCCAAUACCAAGAUUUGAUUUUUUGCGUGCACAGAGACAGGAGCGCUCCCAUCCUCACCGUCCUGCCCAGCCAUACCUGCCCUGUGUGGGUACGCCGGGCCCCCAAUGCCUGGCUGGAUUUGGGCAGCGUGACCCACCCCACAGCACUGCCAUGGCAUCCUCAGACGGGCUGCAGUACCGGGCUCUCUACGAGUACAAGAAGGACCGGGAGGAGGACCUGGCACUGUGCCCUGGGGAUGUGCUGACGGUCAGCAGGGCCGGGCUGCUCAGCAGCCCCGACUACAAGGACGGGGAUGAGCGAAGCCCCCAGGGUUGGCUCCACGGCACCAACGAACGCACCAAGGAGCGCGGCAACUUCCCCGGCACCUAUGUGGAAUACCUGGGUCCCACACGUAUCGUUGCCACCACCACCAAGACCAGGCCACGGCCCUUGCCGCCACCACCUGCUGGGACCCCUGCUCCCUGGGGGCUCCCUGGGCAGGCAGAGCUCGCCGAGCAGCCCACCCUCCCCGAGCAGGCGUUGCCAACCGUGGCCAGGCUCAUCGAGGCACUGGAAAAACAAGGUCUUGACAGCGAGGUGCUCUGCAGAUCCUCCCCCAGUGUGCCAGGGGAUGCUGAGCUGAAGCAGGCUCUUCUGGCGGACGCCUCGGCUGUGGACAUGGACCUGUACGAUGCCCAGACGCUGGCAGAGGCCCUCAAGUGGUACCUCCAGGAGCUCCCGUCUCCCCUUAUCCCUCCAGCUCUCUACAGUGACUUGGUCCACAUGGCUCAAGAGACCCCGGGCUUGGAGGAGUGUGGCCAGCGAGCCAGAGCCAUGCUGGCCCCCCCAGCCCUGCCGCAGCCUCAGGCGCUGCUCCUGCGCCAGCUCGCCUGCCACUUCUGCAGCCUCUGCCAGGGCACCCGCAGGAGCCGCGUCUCACCUCGGCUCCUCGGCGAGCAAUUCGGGGAGCUGCUUCUGCGCCCUGCAGCGGCCAGUGCUGAGGCAAGCCCUGAGCUCUGCGCGAGGAUCCUCGAGUCCCUCAUCGUGGCCAGUGAAGCGGCCGAGGCACCGGCAGCCCCAGCUCUUCCUCCAAAGCCCCCCAAACCAAUGACUCCAGUCAAUAUGAAUGGAAUAAAGGACAAUACCAGUUUCUCUCUGCAGGAAGCUGAGUGGUACUGGGGGGACAUCUCAAGGGAAGAAGUAAAUGACAAAUUGCGAGACAUGCCAGAUGGAACAUUCCUGGUGCGUGAUGCAUCAACCAAGAUGCAGGGAGACUACACUCUGACAUUACGGAAGGGUGGCAACAAUAAACUGAUAAAGAUCUAUCAUCGGGAUGGAAAAUAUGGCUUUUCUGAUCCACUGACAUUUAAUUCAGUUGUGGAACUGAUUAACCACUACCGCAAUGAGUCUCUUGCUCAGUAUAACCCAAAGCUUGAUGUGAAGCUGAUGUAUCCAGUGUCUCGGUACCAACAGGAUCAGUUGGUGAAAGAAGAUAAUAUAGAUGCUGUAGGUAAAAAGCUUCAAGAAUACCAUGCUCAGUAUCAGGAAAAGAGUAAAGAAUAUGACAAAUUGUAUGAAGAAUAUACCAGAACAUCACAGGAAAUUCAGAUGAAGAGGACCGCAAUUGAAGCGUUUAAUGAGACUAUUAAGAUAUUUGAGGAACAGUGCCACUCGCAAGAGCGAUACAGCAAAGAAUAUAUUGAGCGAUUUCGCAGGGAGGGGAAUGACAAAGAAAUUGAACGGAUAAUGAUGAACUAUGAAAAAUUAAAAUCACGCCUGGGUGAGAUCCACGAUAGUAAAAUGCGCCUGGAACAAGAUUUGAAGAAACAAGCGCUGGACAACAGGGAGACUGAUAAGAAAAUGAAUAGUAUCAAGCCUGACCUAAUUCAGCUCCGCAAAAUCAGAGAUCAGUAUCUUGUGUGGCUCAAUCACAAAGGGGUGAGACAGAAGCGAAUAAAUGACUGGCUGGGGAUCAAAAACGAAAACAUUGAUGACACAUACUUUGUGAAUGAAGAAGAUGAAAACCUGCCACAUCAUGAUGAGAAAACUUGGUUUGUUGGGGACAUCAACCGUAUCCAAGCAGAAGACUUGCUCUGUGGGAAACCUGAUGGAGCGUUUUUAAUUCGAGAGAGCAGCAAGAAAGGAUGUUAUGCUUGUUCUGUGGUAGCUGAUGGAGAAGUGAAACACUGUGUGAUCUACAGCACUCCAAGAGGUUACGGGUUUGCAGAACCCUAUAACCUGUACAGCACACUUAAGGAUUUGGUUCUUCAUUACCAGCAGACAUCCCUUGUCCAACACAACGAUUCCCUAAAUGUCAGGCUUGCCUAUCCUGUCUACGCACAGAUGCCCCCCUCUCUCUGCAGAUAAAUUUGGGGGAGGAGGAAAGUGUUGGCUAUCUUGGAUUCUUUUCUACAAUUUUUAUUAGAACUUGGAGGGCAUUCUUUCUCCUUAGACUGCUUGUUUUGCACAAGAAGUGAUUCUGUGAAUGUGAAUCAAAAAGAGGCCUAGCAGCAACAAGAUGACAACUUGGGUGUAGGUGUCCUGGUGCUACCUUAAAAGCUCAGCUGUGCUUUUACACUGAUACUUUUGUUUCCUUAUGAGGGGAAUGAACUCAACACAACGCAUACAAAAAUACUGGAAGCAAAACAUUGUUUUACGGAGAGAAUUUUUUGCCAGGCACCUUCAGUGGAACUUCUAAUUGGAUUUUGUUUUCUCUUGUUCUUGUAGAGACAAUUUGAAGCCGCUGUUUGAGGCAUCAGUAAUGUCUUUCAGUCUUAAACUCCCAAGAAACCAGGGGGAAACUCUACCACAGCAAUUCUUCUCUGUUAAUUUUAGUAGCUUCACUGCGAUUCAGCCAAACUUCCAAAAGAGGGCUUGUCUUGAAGUAGCAUGGAAUUUGGUGAGAGAAGACCAAAGGAAAUAUGGGAAAGCUUCAGGUUUUAAUUUAAAUGGAAAAAAUGCUUGUAAAGAAAAGUUGCUUUAUUUUUUUGCCAACAGUAACAAAGUUUUGGUUUCAAUGGCACUACAGGUCUUCACUUAAAGGAAACAUUUAUAACCAAAUGGAACACACCAAAACUUUGUUCCUUGCUAGAUUGAGCACUUGCGGGGAAGGUUGCGUUAGCAUCCGCACACGCUUUCUACACCAAAACUUGAAACAAAUAAAAGGAAAAGCUAAACAUUGUGUGGCUUCAAAACACUAAAUUUGUCUGAUCUGAUGUAAUUGAUCACUCUUCUCCUUCACCCCCCUUCCUCGCAUUACUCAGCCUGAGAUUGUGUUCAGUGUUUUAAUGAUACUGUGCUUCAGAAUGUAAACUAGAAUGAAGCUUGCACUCACCUGUUGCAGUUCUCUUGCUGAACAAUGACAGACUCUUGCAAUGCUUGAUUUUGGUAUAGAAGACGUAGGUGCAAUCGAAUGCUUCUGGAUGGCUUAUUGUACGAAAUACUUUUGUGAGGUGCAGUCACUUCUGGUUGUAUAGAAGUGAGCGUGCCAAUUAUAAUCUCCUCUGAUCUGUUCUUCCCGAGCUAGAUUCUGAACUCUCACACCACUGCAGCCAAGCAAGAUUUUACACUGUUAUAAUCUACAUUCCCUUGUUGUUUUGGACAUGAUGCAAAACAUAAGAAGGGAAGAGAGCUGUACUCCUCAGUUACUGGAGGUCUGGUACCAUCCUUUGGCAAGGUCUGCUGUCAGAUACUGGUGUUGGUAGUCCUGGGCUUUGUCAAGUAUAGCAAUCAUCCAAUAAAUCCCCUUUCUUGGAGAGUUUACAAAGCAGCUUAUUUCCAUUCCUGAAGCUUCUAAAAUGAAAAAGAGCUACGUUUGGCAAACUGAACCACUUGGCAUCAAAGCACAACUUGCAAAGCAAUUGUUCAGUGUGCAACCUUGGAAGUUACUUUUGUUCCUGUUCCUGGAAGCGGUUCCCUUGCAGUGCACCCAUUGUGCAGGACGGGAAGCAGACAGUCGUGCAGGUCUGAGAAUGCUCCAGGCCUAUUUCUGACACUGGGGCUGACUUCCUGUUCAAAUGGGCGGCUGGUUGGUUUUUUUCUAUAGUGCCUGGGCAGUAGUGCCAGGCUUAUUGAUGCUUAAUGUUUACACUAGAAGUAUUAUUUAGUUGAAUGUCAGGGAUUUGUAAGCAGGGAACUGAGAAGGCUGGAGCACUGACAGCCGUUGCAGGAAGGGUAGGAUAGUUGCCUGGCAUGCCUGUGAGAUGUUUGAUUUUUGCACUAAUGACUCUGACAUAUCAGAGUGUGACCUUCAGGCAAAGAAUUCUAUGGGGCCACUUUUCUAAUUCAGUGAAACACUACAAAACUUCACCAAAACUGAGAGCAGAAGAGAAUUCAUGCUAUGUCAAAGUGACCCACAUCGGUUUGUGUGUCCCUUGUCUCCCACUUCCCCAAGAAAAUGAAAAAUGAGAUGUAGCCUUUGCUCUUAGUGGAAAUCUCAAAUGGAUUCUUCAGUGGUGUAUGGACGUGGAAAUUUUUCUUUUUAAAGAAACUUGCCCUACCUCUUGGAUAGUUUGCAGUUCUAAUCUGGUAGCUGUAAAGUUGUCCUGCUCACACCUCCUGUGUAUCUGGUGUUCCCUUGCUGCUGGGCUGAGUCCAAAUGCCUGAAGAGGGGAAUGUGUUCAAAGGCACAGAUGAUAGCCAGGUGCCUCAUCUCAUGCCUGUGGAAAAACCUGUGUGAGAGGAGUGUCUGACUGUUUUCUGUGCCUUUGCGAUCUCACUGGGCUCUCCUCUUACAGUGUAAAAACAUUCGAGGCUGCUGGGGCACACGUUUCUGAUCCUAACUUUUGUGACAGGGACAACCUACCUGAAGUGUUUCACAUCUGCCCGGCUUUUAGAUAGGGCUCGGUUUUGUUUUAAACAAGCACAGGUCUAUGUUGAGGCUCAUAAAUCCUGGCACACCCUCGCGGUACUGACAGCAGUGGGAUAGCGAAGCGGGACUGUCUGAAGUUUCCCUGUAGUGGAAUCUGACUGAUCCUGUGAGGUCUUGGUCCGGGUUCCAGCCCCGGCUCUGCCAAGGUAAAUACAGCGUGAUUCCACUGGCGUCUGUGAAGGUAGCUUGGCUUUGCAGUGGUGUGAGCGAGUUGGGAUUCUGGCCCCUCGCUCUCCGAGAUCUCUUCGCCGAUCACAGGUGAUGUAUUUGCUGUGGAUGAUGCACUGGGAGCCAAUAAGCCAUCUUGAAGCAUUCUUUGAAACUCAUCUUUGCCCAAAGCUUCAGGUCAGCCUAAGCCCACAUUCCUUGAUCAGGUUCCGUUAUCCCCUGCGGUCCCUCUGAGGCUGUUUUGCCACUGGAUCUCCUGGAGUCUGGUUUAGGCACCUGAAGUCCCGGCUGCUGUGAUUGCUCCCUUUGCCUCCCAAGUGACAUUGCACAGAUUCUUUUUGCGUCCAUUUUGCACUCAUAGUGCAAAUGAAAGUGGGUAUAAAACCAACUGAUAUAAAUAACUGGUGUGAUCCGCGGGGCAAGGGCUGGGCCCUGCUGCACUCAUUGUGCUUGGCCUCAUUCUGUUUGCUCGGUCACGUUAGACCUGUGAGUGAACCCGUGGCUUCCAGGAGUUGUUCUACACUUGCAUGACUGAGGAAUCAGAAGUAGGCCUGCGGGGUGCAGGAUUACACCCUCGUACAAAAAGCAGCUGUUAAGCCUAAAACAAAUACAGGAAAUGUGAACAUAAAGGCAAAACAAAGCUCUUUUAAAACAGUAAGAUGCAAGAAGGUUUUGGUUGCAAGAGUCAAAAUGUCAGGAGGAAAAGGGGGAAAUAGUCUCACUGUUGUAGCAGCCGUCAUUUAUCAGACUGCAGUGGGAGGAGUACUAAUACUCUUGUAUUAAAUAUCUAUGUAGAGUUAACUAAAUAACCUUUGCACAGUGUCAAAUGGGGGGGGAGGGUGUUGAAACUCGAAUAUGCACAGUUUCUUCUAAUCUGUUUUGAAGUAUAUUUGCAGGGAUCAGGGGUGAUUCAGUAUUUUGUAUUCGUAUGGAUGGAAGUCAGGUCUAACUUCCACAGUUGCCAUUGGCCCCAUUGCAUCAGUCACGAGUGCCACAUGUUUGAAGUUAGGAAGUUAUAAAUCCCCACUAGUUUCUGCAUUGAUUACAAGUAAUCUUAGCAUAGGACAAACCAACCUAGAAACAGAGGGAUGUCCUGACAGACACUUGACUGCUAUGUGAAGCAGUAGCAUGGCCACCUUUUGAUACUGGAGUGCUCUAGAUGUGGGCGUUGCAUUUUGGCUUUUUCUUUGUUUUGUUUUUAAAUUCUCAGCAGAAGUGGAUUGGGAUUGGGUUGCUACUUUGCACCAUCGGAAGCUGCAAUCUAGAGUUACAUCCAGUACAGCCCUCUGUCUUAUGCCAAAAGUAGACUGCUCAUCCCUCUUGAUGUGCCAGAUAGUCAAGAACUGUUCCAUUUCCUUAUUCCUUUCAUCCUGACACGAGUGUAGGCAAGACUUCCACAACUAAAAACCAUUCCCAGGAAAAGAGCUGGUAUUUAAUCAUACCUGAAUUCAAGUCAUAGUGGGGCAAAAAGCAAAGUCUAUUCUUCACAAAGCCAGGCAACUGUAGUGAGGACUGUGGAGAUGAAUGGUGGCGCUCAGUGCUGGUUUGGGGAGGACGGGGAAGGAGGAGGCUCUUGGUUGCCCCAGUCCUGGGCUCUCUGCAGGCUUGGGUGCCACUGGGUCCAGAACUGAACGCUGGGGCUGUUUAAAAUGGCAGAAUUGCUGUAGGAGCGUCACACCUUAAGUUUGGAAAAGCCCCUUAUUUGGUACUUGAACAAUCUCGCUUCUGUUUUUGAAUGUCUGUUUAUUUUUUAUUUUUGUUACACUAACAGGGAAUAAAAAUCUGAAAUGUUAGUGAGUCUGGUAUGCUUGCUGCAUUGUGCAGACGUGAAACAGGUACUGGUUGUGGAUCGGGAGAGGCAAGAGACAGGUUCAAAAUGCAGUUCUACAAAGCACUACGAUGGGCAGGGGUUGUUUUGUUUAGAUCAUGUUGAAAAUCGGGUUUUCUUCUGUGUAGUUUCCUUGUGUUGAUUUGCAACCUCUGCUUUUGGAAAUGCAAAAUCAAAGUAACGUUCCUGAAGAACAGAGAUGCUGUGAGGGGGCGGUUAGGCUUGCUCAAACUCAGUGUUCAACGCAAGUAGCUUGAGCAAAGCGAAGGGUCAGCAUCCUAGAGCAUCCCUCUGGUUGUCUGGUCAAGCAGUGGACAGACCAUGCAGUAGGAACCCCCCACCUUGAAUCUCGAAAGAAAGAGGCGAUGCCAGGGCAGACCCUUCCCUUUGGAAUAAUUGGUUGUACUCUCCUAAAAUGUGUGUGCGAGCAGCUAGUUAGGAAAUUAAUAGAAAUCCUUAAGGAGUUGCUCCUCUGUCUGUACUGGAAGGGAAGCUGGGUUGCUAAGCCCCAUGUUUCCCUUGGCACAGGCUGUGCAGCCAGGGGAUGGGAACCCAGUUACCAGCCCGAAUAACCGCGGCCUCUUCACGGCGCAGCUCGGCUGGUUAAUAGCGCGCGAGGAGUAGCUCUGGACGGGGUGAGAUGAAGUUUGGCCAACAUUUUUGUGAAUCUUGCAUUCUGUGGGCAGAAAUACUUUCCACCAAAUGGGAAAAAAUAAUAUAUAGAAAAAUCUCUCUUGAAAUCUUUUCAACUCCUUCCUGUUUGUUCACAGGGACAGGGAGGGAGCUUGAGCUUGUUAACCGUUUAGAUGAUGACAGGGCUUGGAGUGCUGGUCUUUGGGGCUGGCUUCAUAAAAUUAAUGCAGAAUUUGCAUUUUGUUUUAGUUGCUAUUGGCAUAGACUUUCUGUAUUUUUACAACUAGACUCACCAUUCGUUCUAAAAUUUGCCUUUAAAAACGUAAUAUGAGCUUCAGAGGCAAAAAAAUGAAAGAGAACGGGCCAUUAUUUGUAGAAGAAGCGUCUUGUUGAUCAACCCGUAUUAGAGAAAGCAGCUUUAAUCUGAUGCCCCCUCCACCGCCUGCCUUUGGGAUUGAUCCUGUGAGCUCGGCGCUGGCAGACGGGGGGGCUGAAAGAACCCCCGUGUUCAGCACCGUAUCCGUAUGCUUGCCCAGUGCUCACAGCGAGGGACGCGGGAUCGUUUGGAACAAUUAUUGCAUCCAAAGACAAAAAGAGCGUCUGGGGUGAGCGUCACCUCUGGCAUCGCUCUCAAGGCUGUGGGAGUUGUGGGUGCUGGGCUGGGUUGUGAGCUGCCCCCGGGCUCUGCUGGGUGCGGUGGGGUCCUCGUCCCCUUGCCUGGUUGGGGUUUUGGUCUGGUUUGGGUUUUUGUGAGUGAUUUCUACAUCUGGUAAAGAUACGUUUGAUGAAACCUGUUCAUUUUGUAUAUCUGGCUGUUUAUUGCACCAUGGGAUUGUUAUGGUCUGCAUCAUCCGUGAGUGUGCGCGUGCGUGUGUGUGUAUAUGUACUGUAUGUAUAUAGAUAUAUGUAAAAUAUAUUCAUGUACACAUUUAUAUGCAUUAGGUCUAAGUGGCACUGCCCCUUGAAACAAAAGUCACUGUUAGCACCUUCUGCCGUGCGUUUAGGCAGAGUUGGGUUUGGUUUUGUCAACCGAAAAGGACUUUAUUGUGUUCAUUUUGCAUCUGUGCUUCUGAAACGCUGAACUCUGAAUUUCCUGGGGGGGGCUACUACUUUAUUUGUGACCCGAAUCGAACUGGGGCGUUAUUUAUGGGACAAAUCAUUCAAUUUUGUUCCAAGCAAAGGUUUAGCGAAAGAACGGCUCCCGCUGCCCUGUGAGACGCCGGGAGCUUUGUGGGUGCGAGCGGAGCCCCAGGCCCCCGUCCAGAGCCGGUGUGCAAUGGGUGGUGGUGGUACGUGUCCCUUCGUGAGUGGACUCUUCGUAUAAGGUGUGGUUCAAUGUAAAGCAUGAGUGGGUGUUUGAUCUCGUAUUGAGGGCUGAACUAACAGCACACUCCUUUGUACAACCUUCGCAUUAAUGUCUCUGCUUUUCUUUGACUUCUCUUUUCGUUAAGGGAAACUGCAUCUCUUUAGAACCUGCUUCUCCAGAAGCUAUCGAAUGAUUUUUUGUUUUCCCGAUGAAUUCCAGCAUGUAACUUUGGUACUCUCGUUUGUUAUUUGUGUAAAACCUGUUCUUCUGUCGUUUAUAGUGUAGCUUUGGGGGGGAAAUGGAAUUCACGUAGUUUAACUUUAAAAAAACUGCUUCAUAAGGAAACCAAUUGUAUGUUAGUGUUUUCAGACAAGUCAUCCUGUAGUUUCUAGCUCAGUAAUGCAACACUGUACUUGUCACCAGGUGUGUUACGAUUUUGCUGUACUUUCUUUUCCUAGAUGGUUGGGCUUUUAAAUCCCAGACACUUAAGCAUCCUGGGCCUACUUGCUCUAGAUCGAAAAACGCAAUAAAAAAAGUUGCAAUAAAGCACAUUGACAUGUAAUGUUUUAGACGGAUGUACUGACAGCUGUUUCUAAUAAAUGCCGAACUGCAGCGUG